AUGGCCGAUGUAAUCUUGCUAGGGACCGGCCAAGUCACUAGUCUUUUUGAGAAGGUUCAGGGUCAACUUCACGCUGACGCCAAAGCUACACCCGACUUUGAUGAAUUUAUUUCCUCAUUGGCUACCAUCGAAAACGCCGAUGUUGUCAGAGUGCUGAAGAAAAUUGCUUACAGACUUAUUUGGAACCUACGCUUGACUCCAAACGACCUUCUCGAGAUUUUUGUCGACGAGAUCAAUAAUCCUGACAGCGCGCUCUACGGGAUUGACUUCGACAAGAUCGCCGAGGAGCUCACUGCUGACCUCGACCCCGCUAAACUUGAGUUAUUGACCAACGCUUCCCUCGCAAUUACUGAGUCAAUGGUAGUUUUCAAGGAUAUUUACGAUGAUAACAUUAACUUCAAAAACAUUGCUGGUGCUGCCGGAAAUAUCAUGGAUGCUGCCAUCACCUUCAACGACGUCUACAACUUCAUAGAUCCUGAUAUUCUUACUGAAGGAAUUCAACGCUCCUCUAUGAUUGUUCAGAAGGGUCUUUUCGUCUGGGAAGAAUGGAAUGAGUACCUUCAGAUGUACGAAGACGCUGCCAAAGAUACUACAGAUGAAUAUAAUAGUCGAAUUGUUAAUAUUCACGAAGAAUUUUGCAGUGGAGAUCUUGGUUUCAUUGUUGCUACUCAGAAGAAACUCAAGUUUGUUCCCAAAAUAAUCAUUGACAACUGGUCUACAACUGUAAAGAAGAACACUGAUAUUUUCAACACAGUUGCGGGCAAAGUUCCAGUCGUUGAUAGCUACGCUGACUCAGACGCUAUCCUCGACAACCUCAUCACUAUACUCGACGUUGCUGCACUCACCGUUGAUGGAGCGCUAUCAGAACUUGACGAGAUGACCAACCCCUUCGCACCACAGAUCAACACCGCUGCUCGUGGAUAUUUCUGCGAAGAUGAAAUGUGUUACGGGUCAAUUAUGUGUUCAGUCGCAUCUUCAAUUUUUACGGAAAGCAAUGACUGA